AUGCCACUAUAUCGUGCUGCGCGUGCGCACCACGAAUCCUCAAGCUCUGUCAUAAAAGCUUUAAUGCUCAGUGCGUCUCGAGACGUCGUAGAAGGCGGGCGUGUCGACACAUGGUAUGCUUGGAAUAUGGACGUGUGGGGCGGCAUACCCGCUUCAUGCGUUCACGCAACCACUCUGAACAUUGAAAACAGUGAAUUCGCUCUCACUUUCAUUGAAAAGGAAACAACAGCACAACAGAAACAAGAGGCGGACAGCGCAGGCGCAGGCGGUAAGGCAGCAGCGCCGUGCAAGGUGUGCGGCGACAAAGCCUCCGGAUAUCACUACGGGGUCACAUCCUGCGAAGGCUGCAAGGGUUUCUUCAGACGCAGUAUCCAGAAACAGAUUGAGUAUCGUUGUCUUCGGGACGGCAAGUGUUUGGUCAUAAGACUGAACAGGAACCGCUGUCAGUUUUGCAGAUUCAAGAAGUGCUUGGCCGUUGGCAUGAGUCGCGAUUCCGUCAGGUACGGCCGGGUGCCGAAGAGGCCUCGGGAGGUCGUCAGCUCGGAGAGCAUGCCGGAUCUGACCAAGAACCUGGGGGUCGGAACCCCAACCCCAACAUCCUCGGUCGAAGAAAUGGACACGGAUUCCCUACAACUAGAACUAGCCAGGGAUCUCGCUAAAGUGGUGAUCACAGCUCAUCGCAAUAACGACGCCUACUCCGAAGACUACGUACGAAGCAUGCACCUGAAAGCUAUCAUCGUGAAAACCGAAGAUAAUGACCAUGAUGGAAACGGCGGGGAGGAGGCAGCUUGCUCGGGAGCAGUGCGUGCUAAUAAAUUAACAGCUCUAUGGUACAAUGUGGCCGUACGCAUGACGCCCACCGUACAGCAAGUGGUUGAGUUCGCCAAACGCGUGCCCGGCUUCAACGUGCUGCCCCAAGACGAUCAACUUAUACUUAUCAAGCUAGGCUUCUUCGAGGUGUGGCUGUCUCGUAUGGGCCGUAUCUCUUCGGAGGCGACUAUCGUGUUUGAUGAUGGCAACUCCAUAGAUCAGACUCAGCUCGAGCUUAUGUAUGAUAUCCCGUUCGCCAAGUCGAUGCUGGCGUACACCGCUCGUAUCAACAAGAUGUGCAUCACUGAAGAUGAGAUGGCUCUCUUCUCAGCCACUCUGCUGCUCUCCCCUCAUAGGAACGGACUGUCUGAUAAGGACAAAAUCACCGCCCUCCACAUGUCACUAAUGGAGGCCUUCCAAUAUGUGGUGACUGAGUCCGGAAUAUCUGAUGUACCGGCUCGUAUGGAAGCAUUUGCGGUGGCGACUCGCGAAGCUCGUGUUUUGGGUUUGCAGCAUAACGACCAGCUGACUUGGUGCCGUCUGAACUGGCAGCGGCUGGUGCUGCCCGCUCUGUUCUCGGAGAUAUUCGACAUCCCGAAAGGGGAGGAAGAGGAUCCGGAAGCCGGCGCCCUGCCUUCGCCGCCAUCUUGCUCCAUGCCCCAACACGGAUAA